CCCGUUAGAUUUAUUAGUUUCCAAAUAUUAAUAUUUGACAUGCAAUAACAUUACUAGCACCUCAACAUUUUCGCGUUUUCUACGGUGAGGGAAGUAUUCGAGCCGCUACAUUCCCGUUCGCAGUUUACUUUCACUGUCAUUACAGCGGAGAGCCUUAGUGCUGCUGUGAUGCGCUUUAUUCCCGUUGACGUGCUCCAGCCGCUGCAGCCGCUCGCUUCCUCUCGCGCUACUGAUUCGCAGUAGCGAACGAGCGCUCUUGUCUUUCUUCCUGCUUUCUCUACUUCCGUGCGCUUUUGUGCUCUUUCAGUCCCCCAGCAGCUCAGUCUGCGCGCUUUCCUGGCGCGCGGCGGCCGUGACGUGGCUGCUGACGGCGGGACCGAGCUAAGGGAGCCGCCGCGCGCUCUCGUCCGCCGGAGCUCGCGCCUCGGCCCCUCCCUUUCUCCCCUCCCGCGCUGCGCGGCCCGCCCCGCCGCCUCAAACCGCGCGUGAGCGGUGCUCCAGCUUGGGGACCGCAGGGCCGGACGGAGGCCGCGUCGCAUCUCUCAGCCUGCGCUGAGAUCGACGGGGUGUAAUGGAUGAAGGUGUGACAGGACUUGCUCUCCAAUCACAAGAGCCAAAGAUCAUAUUCCAUGGAUCUGAUGAGGCUGAGCUGCAUGGAGCUGAGAUCGUGGUGCAGUUACAGGAGACCUUGUUCCCAUCGGAGGCCGAGGGCGAUGAAGUCCAUGACUUUGCCUCGGAGCAGCUGGUGAUCCAGGACGCUGUUGAGGAUGUGGUGGCUGAGUAUGUGCAGUGUACGGAGGAGGAGGAUGAUGUUGCUGUGGAGACUUGUGUGAUGUCGCUGGAGGAGCCGGAGGAGGGGCUGCAGGUGGAUGUAGCCCCCGAGGAGAUGUUGGUAGCAGUGGACCCUGGCCAGGCAAAGCUGGAGCCUGGCCCUGAUCAGGACACUUGUGAGGACUACCUGAUGAUUUCCUUGGAUGAAGCAGAGAGGAUUGUGGAUGGAGGUGGGAAUGAGGUCGCCUUGGAAGACCAGAGGAAAGAUGAAAAUGGGCAGGAGGUCAUUAAGGUGUACAUUUUCAAGGCCGAUGCUGGGGAUGAGGAUUCGGCGACAAAGGUAGCAGAUGAGGUGUACAUGGAGGUGGUGGUGGAAGGGGAGGAAGCAGCAGCUCAUGAGCGACUAUAUGAAAACCCCACCCUCAGCAACCCCACCAUCAACAGUCCUGCCCUCACUAAGAACCUCAUGCCCAUGGCGUGGGCUGCUGCCUAUGAAGCAGAUGGGUCCCAGGCCCGCGAGAACCGAAAUGGAGCGGCCAGCGCUGUGCUGCAUGUGGACGAGUCAUCUGGUGACAAAGCUGCUCGACAGCAGAGCAAAAGCAGGAGACGGAUCGAACCCUGGCAGGUGCAGACAGCGAUCAUCAUCGGGCCCGGCGGCCAGCCGCUCACCGUCUAUCCCUGUGUGCUCUGCGGCAAGAAGUUCAAGUCGCGCGGCUUCCUGAAGCGGCACACCCGGAACCACCAUCAGGACGUGCUGAGUAGGAAGAAGUACCAGUGCACGGACUGCGACUUCACCACCAACAAGAAGGCGAGCCUUCACAACCACAUGGAGGUACAUGCGCUAAGCAGCAAGGCGGCGCUGCUCGAGUGCGAGCACUGUGGCGAGGAGUUCCACCAGCAGGCGGCGCUCUAUGCCCACAGGCUGCAGCAUCAGGACGGCAAGAGCCAGGGCUCGGCACCCGAUACCAAGACGCACAAGUGCAAAUUCUGCGAGUACGAGACAGCUGAGCAGGGCCUGCUGAACCGGCACCUGCUGGCCGUUCACAGCAAGAACUUCCCCCACAUCUGCGUGGAAUGUGGCAAGGGCUUCCGGCACCCAUCCGAGCUGAAGAAGCACACGCGCACGCACACGGGCGAGAAACCGUACGGGUGCCCCUACUGCGAAUACAAGUCGGCCGACUCGUCCAACUUAAAGACGCACGUGAAGACGAAGCACAGCAAGGAGGCGCGUUUGAGUUGCGAACUCUGCCCGGAGAGCUUCGACGACAAGGACGAGCUGGCGCAGCACAUGCUCACGCAUGACGAUUCCCGGUGCCACCAGUGCGCCCACUGCGAGCACAAGAGCUCCAACUCGAGCGACCUGAAGCGCCACAUCAUCUCGGUGCACACCAAGGAAUACCCGCACAAGUGCGCCACCUGCGGCAAGGGCUUCCACCGGCCGUACGAGCUGAAGAAGCAUACGGCCGCGCACCGCGCCAACAAGCUGCACCAGUGCCGCCACUGCAGCUUCAAGAUAGGUGACCCGUUCGUACUGAGCCGCCACAUCCUUUCAGUGCACACCAAGGAGCAGCAAGCACUUCCCGACAAGCAGGGCAAGCGGACCACGGGAGGGGCGGGGCCCAAACGGGCAGGUGCCAAGACGCAGCGCCAACGGCGCGUCUACCAGUGCCAGUAUUGCACGUACAGCACGGGCGACGCCUCGGGCUUCAAACGCCACGUCAUCUCCAUCCACACGAAGGACUAUCCGCACCGCUGCCAAUUCUGCAGCAAGGGCUUCAGGCGGCCGUCCGAGAAGAACCAACACAUCAUGCGGCACCACAAGGAUCAGGUGCAGGAUGAGUGACAGCCCCCAGGGACCCGAGGCACCCUGCCCCCCCCCCGCACGUACACGCUGUCCACGUGGACCUGUCAAACUGCCCCCCCCCCCCCCUUGAUAGCACUGGUUCCCUGACUGACAGCAGGAAGUGGAACACAACAAAGGUUGUGGAUGUUGGAGUCAAUAUGACUGUUGGUGGGCUCAGUGCAGCUUGAUUACACUUUGUGUGUGUGUGUGUGUAUGUUAUAUGUGUCUGGGGGAGCUUUGUUUUCCAAGUUGCUGAAAAGAUGUGGAACUGUUCAAGUCUAAUACUGUAAUUCUACUGUGGAAGUAAACGUGUUUGGUACAAGCAAGGGUGUGUGCGUGGAGUAUGGGGGUGCACCCCAUAGGGUCCACAGGUGAUGGUACAUGAGCGUGUGAGCUCCUUCCCAAUUUGGUGUUCUCACUUGAAACAGACCAGUGAAGUUGGCGGUGUGUGUGUGUGUGUGUGUGUGUGUGAAUGCACAUUGAUGCUGAGGGCGGUUGUCAUUCACUCCUCAAACUGUGGUAAUGGUGGUAACCGGACGUCUCCUUGUACCUCCAAAUUCUGUUAACGCUGGUUUUUUUUGUGGUUGAUGUUUUUAAAAUGAUAAUCUAUAUUUCAUUGUUGAAAUUCAUGCUGUAUAGUUCAGUGUAACUAGAAUUAUGUAAUAUAUAAAUUAUUUUGUACACGGACCCUAAAGGAAUCAUGGUAGCUGUCGAUUGGUUAGGGAAAAGAAAUAAAGUAUUUUCCUCUUGGAUUUCAUUGACCUUUAACUACUACGUUCAGCUGUCCAGAGUCCCCUGUGGUUCC